AUGGCCAGGACCGCGACGGGCCGCCGGCGGCGUCCAAGAGGCGACGACCGGAUCAGCGCCCUCCCCGACGAUCUCCUCCUUGUGGUCCUGCGCCGCCUCGACAUCCGGACGGCAGUCGGCACCACGGCGCUCUCCAGGCGCUGGGCUUGCCUCCGCGGUGAGCUCCCCAUCCUCGACUUGAGUGUCCACGCGAUGCUCCCUCCGCGCUACCACCGUUGGAUCCAGCUCCACGGCGUCGUCGGGAAAAGUGGUUUCCAGUACGACAUGCGUCAAGUGUCACGAGAGCUGUUGCCCAACAUCAGGAGGUACGAGCACCGCGCCAUGCGCGCUUUGACCAGGUCUGCCCAGACCUUCUUGGACGCUCCAACCGCCUUCCGCCGGAGGAGGAUCAGUAGGCUGAGGCUCGAGUUCUUCGUUACCCAAAGCACCGAAUGCAUGAAUCGGCUUAUCGCGGAGGCCAUGGAUGCUUGUGGGGUGGAUGACCUCCAAGUUGUUGCUAAGCCAAUUUUCUGGCAACGAGGCGCAGUCCACACCUUUGCCAGCCAUGGCCUCUGCAAGGAGCCCAGUGCGUCACGCCUGCAAAGCCUCAAGCUUGGUGGCUGCAUGCUCCCGCCGCUGUACGAGUACAGCGCGCUCACUAGGCUCGUCCUGCAGGACAUACCUGAAUCGACGCCCGUGGCAACCUACCAGGGGGUCUUCACCUCGUGCCAGCAGCUGCAGGUGCUGCAUCUCAUCUCCUGCCGGUGCAGCGCCGGGGGAAUAUUGGUGGACGCCCCCAUGUCAAAAAUCAAGGAGCUCGUUGUGGAUAAGUGCAGAUUCAGACAGUUACGUCUAAGGGCUCUGCCCAAUCUCGAGAGCCUAGCCUCCCUUGGACAUAUGGUGUUCCUCGAGUCCGCCUCGUUCCCUUGUCUCGGAAAAUUUAACCUCACCUCACGCCUCGGCCUGAGAACGCAAGGGUUUCGUGAAUACGUGAAGCAACGCUUGAAGAUAGACCAUGAGUCGCUUCUUGAAAACAUGCCAGAAAUAUCGAGUCUGAUUGUCAGGAUCAGUGGGCCUUACAGAUGGAUCGUGCCGUCUAGAGGAUCCCCGUCGACGGUGUUGUUGCCUAACCUCAGGCGGUUGCUGGUCGCCGACGUGCCUUCGUCCUGGGACGUCUCAUGGCCCCGCCUCCUACUCGAGACGGCGCCUUCCCUGGAGGUCCUCCACAUUCACAUUGCCACUUGCACACAAGAUGAGCCCAGUGAUGAGAUACGCUGGAAACCAACCACGCUUCUCCGUCACCGUCACUUGGAAGAGUUUGUGAUGGUUGGUUAUGAGGGAACAGAGAGGCAGAUUUACCUUGUCAAGUUUGUCAUGGGAGUAUGCACAGCGCUGCGCCAGGUCUCUAUCUUGAGGAACGGGCAUGCUCGGAACAAGGGGCACUGGGACUGGGAGUUGGUGACGCAGCAACACUUGUGGACCGACGAGGAGAAGAAACACACACUGAAGCACAUCAUGGAUGGAGUUUCUCCUCUGUCACCUGCUGCUCCGGUUAAACUAGUUUUUGGCUGAGUGUUCUCAUGUUUGUGCUGACCUGCAACCGUCUAGUAAUGCCCAGGCUUCUUUAUAUUUAACUAGCACUAAGCCUGUAUGUUGCUGCCAAAAACCACAUAAAAGGAUAUGGAGUGGCUGUGGUCAUGGGGAUUUUCGGAAGAGCCUUGGGAUCAUGGGAAAAUGACUUAACUGAUCAUGAACGGUGGCUUUAAGUGACACAUUAGAAUUUUGGAACGCGAGAUGUUGGGAUGAGAUGUGGCAUGAGGACGGUGAUCGGGGAAUAAAGAUUGUAGGGGGAAAUGA